AAAUGUGUCAAACAGCAUAAACCAUAACUAUUCUCUCAAGUCACCAACUACCAUGUAAUUAGAGUGUACUAUGUAAUUAUUUCAUUUCAUGUGUAAUUACAUUUACUGUAUCAUAUUCAAACACACACAUCUUAUAUCGUGUAAUUACACAAAAAGAAACAAAAAUAUUUACCUACAUAAUAAGCUUUUCCUAAAGUAACUUUACGGUUCUGCCCCCAAGACUUAGCCUCUUCCUUUUCCUUGUCUUAUAUUUUAUCUUGCGCUCUCAACCAGGAAUUCUCACAUUCUUGGUCAGAAACAGAAUAACACAAGAGUCUUCUUUGAUUCAACGACUAUGGCGAUCACACUCCCUUAUGCUACUACUACAGCUUUGUUAUUCGCUACCCUCUUGCUCACCUUUAAUCUUGCAAAAUCACAGUCAUUCAUCGGUGUAAAUUAUGGCCAAGUCGCCGACAACCUUCCACCGCCGUCAGCCACAGCAAAGCUACUUCAGUCGACUUCAAUUGAGAAGGUCCGAUUAUAUGGAUCGGACCCGGCUAUUAUCAAAGCACUUGCCAACACCGGCAUCGGAAUUGUCAUUGGUGCUGCUAACGGCGAUAUUCCGGCACUUGCUUCCGAUCCCAAUUUCGCUAAAAAUUGGGUUAACUCAAAUGUAGUUCCUUUCUACCCAUCCAGCAAGAUUAUCUUGAUCACUGUCGGCAACGAAGUCAUGACCUCCGGUGACCAGAACCUUGUGAACCAGCUCGUUCCGGCUGUGCAGAAUGUCCAAAAUGCCCUCGAUUCAGUAUCAUUGGGUGGAAAAGUCAAGGUCUCGACCGUACAUUCCAUGGCUGUGCUUCGGCAAUCAGAGCCGCCAUCAGCCGGUAGCUUCCACCCGGACUAUAUUCAGACGUUGAAAGGUCUGUUAUCCUUCAAUAACGCUACCGGUUCACCUUUCGCGAUCAACCCAUACCCGUAUUUCGCUUACCGGGACGACCCAAGACCCGAAACGCUGGCGUUUUGUCUCUUCCAACCUAACGCUGGGCGUGUCGAUUCCAACACAAAGAUCAAGUACAUGAACAUGUUUGAUGCUCAGGUGGAUGCCAUAAGAUCUGCAUUGAACUCAUUGGGGUUCAGUCAUGUAGAGAUUGUUGUUGCAGAGACAGGGUGGCCUUACAAAGGAGAUAGCAAUGAGGUUGGUCCAAGUGAGGAGAACGCCAAAGCCUAUAAUGGAAACCUGAUUGCCCACCUCCGUUCCAUGGUUGGAACCCCAUUGAUGCCUGGGAAAUCAGUCGAUACUUACUUAUUUGCUCUGUACGAUGAGGACUUGAAACCUGGCCCGGGUUCAGAGCGUGCUUUUGGUCUAUUCAAACCCGAUCUUUCCAUGACUUACGACGUUGGCCUUUCUAAAACCAGCACCCAGACCCCAUCGUCACCCAGUACCACACCAGUGACUCCAUCAUCACCAAAGGCAAAAAAGACUGUUUGGUGUGUUCCAAAGGCAGGUGUUUCAGAUGCCCAAUUACAGGCUAACAUAGAUUAUGUUUGUGGACAUGGAUUUGACUGUGGUCCAAUUCAACCGGGCGGUGCUUGUUUUGAGCCCAAUACUUUGGCCUCCCACGCUGCCUACGCCAUGAAUAUCCUUUACCAAACAGCUGGUCACGAUCCAUGGAAUUGUGAUUUCUCCCAAACAGCCACUCUCUCUUCCAAUAAUCCCAGCUACGAUGGCUGCACCUACCCUGGUGGCAGUACCUGAAUUCAACAUAUAAAGCUUAAACGAAUAAAGGGUGGUUGUUUUUUUUUUCUGUGUUCAUUAUUGUGACUUGAAGAAGGAAAAAGCAAUUGUUUUCCUCUAAAUAUGGGAUUGGGUUUGUGAAAAGUAAUUAUAUUAUAUUUACUUAAUUGAAGUUAGGUAGCAAAGCUCUAAUAGUAGGCUUUCGUAAUCGUAAUCGUAUAUAUAUAGAUGUAUAAUGUACACUGUGUACAAGGGAGACUGGAGAAAAUGUAUCAUCAUGGAUUGGAUUUUUAUAAUGGUUGAAAAUUCUACUGUAUUAAAUAA